GUAUUGAUUCCGGAGAUAAGAUUCAAUGAUGACUACAUGGCCACGAUUCAACCUCCAGAUGCUACUGAAAAGAAUUAUGAUGACCAGGCUAUCGCACUCUUUGACGAACUGCCUAUCGAAGAUCCGCGCAUUUCUGAUCUCGCUGUGCGCACUUGUCUACCGAAACCGAUGAUUCUUCUGAAAGUAAGAUUUGAAUUUUCUUAG